CUACUUCCGGGCUCACAUUUGGCCCAGGAGAGAAGGAGACCCAUGGAGUGCAGGAGGAUCUGAGCGUAAGAUUUCACCAGCAAUCCUGAUUUUCCAUCCCAGAAGACACCAUGGCAGAGCGUGGGGCUCACCUCACUGCAGCCUCCAUCUAUGAGGACAGGCCGUCCAUCUUUGAGGUCGUUGCCCAAGACAGCUUGAUGUCAGCCGUAAGGCCCGCACUGCAACAUGUGGCCAAGGUGCUGGCUGAAUCCAACCCUGGCCGUUACGGCUUCCUGUGGCGCUGGUUUGACGAAAUCUACACCCUCCUGGAUCUGCACCUCCAGCAUCACUUCCUCUCAAGGUGCAGCGCCUCUUUCGCUGAGAAUUUCUACAGCUUGAAGAGAGAGGUGCUAAGGCACGGGGGCAGCAAACCCAGAGAGAGACGGUCAGUCACUGCCGGGUUGCCGUGUAGGCCUCACUGGAAAUCCCUCUGCCUGCUGGUCCUCGUCCCCUACCUGAGGACCAAACUGGAGGCGCUGGUUUCCCGCCUCCAGGAGGAGGACGAUUACUCCAUCCACCCGCCAUCGUCGUCCUGGAAGCGGUUCUACAGGGCCUUCCUGGCCGCUUACCCCUUUGUGAAUUUGGCUUGGGAGGGCUGGUUCCUGGUCCAGCAGCUCUGCUACGUCCUGGGGAAGUCCCGGCACCACUCGCCCAUGCUGAUGCUGGCUGGCGUCCAGCUGGUCAGGCUCACGGCGGAAGAUGUGCAAGCCUUAGAGAAGAAGGCAGCGGCCGGGAGCGGAAGCCCACAGCCAGCAGGAAGCUUGAAACGGCAGCUACAGUCUGCCGCCAAAAAAGCCUUGGGCGGCCUGGCCUUCUCCCUCUCCACCGGGCUCUCCGUGGGCGUCUUCUUUCUCCAGUUCUUGGAAUGGUGGUACUCGUCUGAGAACCAGGAGUCCAUCAAGUCCCUGACAGCUCUGCCCACCCCUCCGCCGCCCGUCCACCUGGAGCGCAGGGCAGGCUCCCCGCUCUUGCCGAAGCUCAAGACCGUCUGCCCGCUUUGCCGCAAAAUCCGCGCCAACGACACGGCCCUCUCCACCUCCGGCUUCGUCUUCUGCUACCGCUGCGCCUACAACUACGUGAAGCGGCACCAGCGGUGUCCUGUCACAGGCUACGCCACGGAACUCCAGCACCUUGUCAAACUGUACACCCCUGAAAACUGAUGGGGGUGGCCCGCACCCUCUGUCUCAGGCACCACACGGCUGGGUGGGGUACGUGAUUCUCUUGUACACACAUGAAAUUUAUCUGCUAUGCAGGCAUCCCGUGAUGUUGGUGGUCUCUGUGAGCUUGGCUACCGUAGGAGAAGCAGGCAGGCUCUGACUGUUGAGAACUCUCUGGUUAUCUCGUUCAAUUUAUUUCUCCUAGAAGCUGAGUGAGAGAACUAGAGAGAUAAGCCUGCUUUGCCUUCUUCCUUUCAGUAAAUGAAGGCACACCUCCACUGCAGGCUCCCAUAUAUGAGAAUCCAGAAGGCUUCCUGUGCAGAGUGUGGUGUGCCUCAACUUUCCUACUGGAUAUGUUGCUCAGCUAAUUUCCCCCUGGAAAAAAUUAGGCUGUGAUGGGUAUCAAAGCAUGUGUCCCUUCCAAAGCCCUGACAAAUCUAAUCCGAAACUGCUACAGUGGUACCUUAGUUCUCGAAUUUAAUCCAUUCCGGGAGUCUGUUUGUCUCCCGAAACGCUUCAGAAACCAAGGUGCGGCUUCCGAUUGGCUGCAGGAGCUUCCUGCACUCAAUCGGAAGCUGCGUCAGACAUUCAGCUUCUGAAAAAAACGUUCGCAAACUGGAACACUCACUUUGUUCAGACCAGCAAGGUACCACUGUAUUUGCAUUUGAAAGGAAAUCGGUUUACAGCUUCCCAGGGGCAGUGUUUAUGGGCCAUUAACCCUUUCCUCCCUACCACCAUCUGCUGUGUUCCUGAGGCCGCUUUGGCUCCCCCCCCCCCCCCCGGCUGCUAUUUACAUAAAAAACAAAAAUGUGCUUGCUAAGUUAGAGUCACAACAUCCAAUUUGGUCAUGACAGAGAACAAUUUAUUUAUUGUUUUAGGUUAAAAAUAAAUAAAUCUCCCGCUCUUUAGCAAAAAAAAAAAGGCUCCCAGCAGAGUUUACUGGUAAGACAGUCCCCUGCCUGCCGACUUGCAAUAUAAAAGGCGUGACACAAAAGGAAAGGGGGUUUAGGAGGGAAGAGGAUGGGAAAGCACUCGCCUUAGUCAAAGGUUUCUCACCAUGAUCAGCUGGAACAGAAAGCUUCCAAUGGGAAGAGGAGCUUUCAGUAGUUGGAUGUAGAGCCCCUUCAUUCCCAUCCGUCCCCAGCAGCCUGAUGGAACAGGUGCUCAGAUGAGACCUGCAUGGUGAAAUUGCUCUUUCAGCCAAGGAGCUGGAGAAGCCCCAACUAGAGAACUCUCAGAAGUCAGGGCCUGGCUCUGGUGAGCAAUACAGGAACGCACAACCUGUGAUGCAAUACAGGAACGCACAACCUGUGAUGCAAUACAGGAACACACAACCUAGAUCAGGGGUCCCCAGACUUACCGCGCGGCGGGCCGGAGGGUAGGGGAGUGCGCGCGCAGCGGGCUGGAGGGCGGGGGAGUGCGCGCCCGUGCGCAUGCGCACACGCACACGGUCGGGAAAAAAUCGCCGAAAAUCACUUGUGCGCAUGCGUAUGGGCCUCCCCCGACCCGGAAGUGCAUCGGAAAUGACCUC